AGCCGUUCUGGCUCGUCCCCGGCGGCCGCCUGCAUGCGGGCCGGCGGGCCGCGGGCCGGCGAGGGGCGGCCCACGGCCCGCGGCCGAGGCGCGCUGCCGGAAACAGGCAGGCGACCUCGUGGAACGUGGCCGUGGUGCUGCUGACGAGGGCAAGCCUGAAGCGGGACGGCGCGUCGUUGGUUCUUGCUGCUCAUCAGGGGAGGAAAAGGUGAGGCCUGGCGCGCAGGUGCCUCUGCGCCAUGUCCUACGGCGCGCCGCCGGGGUACGGAUACGGCAGCCCGCCGCCGUCGUCUGGGUACUCGUCGUACCCGCCGACCGGGUAUCCUGGUGGAUAUCCCCCGUCCUACCCGAGCUAUGGGGCGCCGCCAGCGUACGGCUACGGGCACCACCCGGGCUACGGCCCACCGCCGCCCGGGUACGGGCACCCCGGCCACCGCGACAGGUCGCGGAGCCGUGGGCGCGACCGGAGAGACAGGAGGGACGACGACGACAGGCGCGACAAGGCCAGGGGGGGCCAGCAGCGGCGCGACGUGGCGGCGCCGGGAGGCCGCGGCGCGAGCACGGAGGAGAAGCAGCGCCUGCUGAAGCUGCUCAGGAACAACCCGGGCUGGAGGGCAGUCUGGAUCGAGGGCAUCGACCCGCCCAAGAGGCAGGCGACCUCGUCGAACGUGACCGUGAUGCUGCUGACGAGGGCAAACCUGAAGCGGGACGGCGCCGAGGAGUUCGGAUUCAUGCUGGGCGUGUCGCGCACGUCCACCAAGAAGCAGG